AUGUACAAGUCUAAUACUUUUGUUCUAUAUACAGUGACGUACGACAAAGAUGCCGUACGCAAGAUUGUGGAUGCAGCGCCCAUACUGCAUGUUUCUUUCAAUGCGCCUAUGUCUGAAAGCAUGGAUGCCCAAUUUCCAACCAUUUUGCCAAUGCUCGGUGCCAUGGACUCUUCAGCAGAAGAUGAUCAGGUUGUCUAUCUACAUAAAUCAUCUGCUGCUCGUCUCUUCCGCUUAGAUUCCGGGCAAGAAGAUCCUGGUCUUCCCGUCUGUAUCGCGGCGACCCUGCUGGAUGGCUACGUACUCGCUCUGACACCUUUUAAUCACUCCUGCAACUAUCGUUCAGCCGUCGUCUUUGGACAUGCAACCAAAGUCACAAACACGGACGAGACUAUGCGCGCAAUGGAAUUGAUAACGAAUCAUCUCAUCACAGACCGUUGGACGAAUUCUCGGACACCGCCCACAAAAUCCGAGCUCACUGCGACGGGAAUUCUCAAAGUACGAAUCGAGACCGCGAGCGUCAAAGUGCGGAACGGUGGCCCUCAUGACGAUAGGAAGGACUUGAAGGACGAUGCUACCACUUCGCGUGUGUGGACAGGUGUUGUUCCCGUUCAACAAGUUUUGGGUGAGGCGAUUGCCAGUCCAGAGAACCUUGUGAAGCAGAUCCCUGGCAGCGUUACAUCCUGGAUUGAGGACACGAAUAGCAUGCGCAAAGACGAUAUGCUCAAAUCGAUGAAAGAGUGA